AUGGACAACAAGAUGCUCAUGGCCCUGACGGAAGGUGGCAUGCAGCACCUGACAGCUGGCGCUCGAGCCAACGUGGGUGUGAAGUCGGGCAGAUAUGCGUACGAGGUGAAGAUCCUCGAGUUGCUAAGCCCCGCAGAGGCCGCGCAGGGGCGGGGCCCGCAGCCGAAGCAGACGGUUCGCAUUGGCUUCUCCACUGGGGGCUCGCCGCUGCUCUUCGCGGAGAGUGAGGAAGCUGCGUACUUCGACUCGGAGGGCUGGUUUACCGCUGGAAAGCUCCGGCAAAAGAAGUCGCAGCUGUUCACCCGGGAUCAGACGGUAGCCGUGGUCUUGAACCUCGAAGACGGCAGCGAGCUGGCAAACACCAUGAGCAUGUUCCGAGACGGCGCGCGCGUCUCCGAACCGCUGCCCUUGCCAGAGUCCAUGCGCAACAAGACCCUCUUUCCGCACAUCUGCUACCGCAACGUCUCCCUGCAGAUCAACAUGGGCCCAGAGCUGCUGAAGCCGCUCCCGUUCGUGUGCCGCACACUGCAGGGCGCGGCCGCGGCAGACAUGGCGGAGGCCAAGGAUCCUGGAAAGAGCGGCCGCUGUGAGGUUCUGGUACCUGUUGCCAUCCCCGACGAGGGCACCUUUGAGUGGCUGGAUGACUUCCUCACGAAGAACCCAAGCUACGUGGAGCUCAGCGACCGAAAGAUCCAGGACUGGGCUGCGACCGGUGGACUACCGCGACCUCGCGUCCACGGUGGCGCUUGCAACGACAAGCCCAGCUUCGCCUACAACCUGCCCAGCAUGGAAGACGGCAGCAUCCAGCGCGUCAUCAAGGCCAUGGCGCCCAUGGUCCCGCGGAACUACUUGGUCAUGGAGGUCAAGUCGAACCUGGUCAAAGAGGAGCGAUUGGAACUGCUCCAGCGCUUUUCCAGCCCCCACUUCAAGAAGACGGCCCUUGUGGUCAUGGGCGAGCCGAGCGAGGAGUUUAAGCAACGCUCCUGGAACCGGCUACUUGCAGAAAAGCAGUCCAAGGUCGAUGCCGAGUGGAAGGCAAAGAAAGCCGCUGCACAGCGCCAGCGCGAACUGCAGGAACUACGGAAGAAGGCCGAGGAGCAACGCAAGAAGAAGCUGGAGGAAACCCGGAAGAAAGAAGAGGAGGCGAAGAAAGCCGAGGGUGCUGAGGGCGAUGCCCCCAUGGAAGAGGCCAAGGAGGAGGAGGUGAAGGAGGAGAAGCUGGACGUCAAGGAGGAGGAGGAGAAGGAGGACGACGGGCUGGGCGACGAGCCCCCGAAAGCCGAGCUGACGGAAGAGGAGAAGAAGAAGUACUUCCGCAACAGGCAAGGCAUACCAGACCUGGCACCUACGACGCUUCGGAAGUUCCUUCAGCAGUUCUCCCUUCCCGAGAAAGCUGAGGGCUGGGACGAGAUCAAGUAUGCCUGGGACCAAGCUCAUUCCAGCAGGGACUACCUGCGGAAGUGGGUCGUGGAGGCGAAGCGCACGACGCUCAUCGAAGACCCGCAGCCUUCGCAGAUCUUCACGACGAAGUUCCUGGCGUGGCAGAAGCAGCAGAUGGACUACCAGCAGAAGCAGAAUCUCUGGAAGGCAAAGCCGAAAAAGGAGGAGGAUGCUGCAUCCGUUGCUGCCAGAGCCAACCUCGACAUCUUCGCAGUGGAGGAUGUGAACGACAUCGGCGACGGCGAGCCGCUGUACGCGAACUUUGAGCCCGUGGACUGGGCACU